CGCUAGGUUAAGCCUCUUCUCUCACCAUAUGCCAUGAUAUUCACGGGAGUGGGACCAUUUUCAUUCAAAUUCGAGCCACUUGUUACAACACGACAAACAUCUCGCUGCGGACUCCGCUUAACAAAUACACCAAAAUGACGCCCAACCUCAUGAAAGGCCAAACCGACACAUCCAAAUUCACAGGCACAAAGCCAGACACUCCCGCUACCGACCCAAAUAACAACAAUCUCCAGAAUUACAACCCUGCCAGCGAUGAUAAGAAGUCGUCAACUGCUGCGCCGUUGCUGAGCAGCGAAGGAGCCGUGGGAAAACAGUUUACGGCGGAUGGAGCAAUUGGCAGUGUAGGCGAAGCCGUCCGUGGUCCACUUGCCUCCGAUGGAGCUAUUGGGAAGAAUUUCACCGCCGAUGGAAGCGUUGGCGGGACUAUCAAUAACAUCGUCGACCUUGAUAUCCCUUUCUUCAGCUCGCCAUGCUCCUAUUUCAGCGCAAAUAGAUUCUAUACACUUCUACUCUGUCGACUUCUCCAUGGAUCCUCAUUUGAAGGUCGAGUACUUGUGAUUGCCAAUCGACUUCCUAUUACCAUCAAAGACACCAAGGAUGGGAACUUCGAAUACAACAUCUCAUCUGGGGGCCUCGUGUCAGGACUACGAAGUCUCGCCAAAGCUGUCGUUUUUAAGUGGUUUGGCUGGCCUGGAAUCGACAUCCAUCGGAACGACAAAGACAGGGUCCGUCGAGAUCUUCAGGACAAAUUUCAUGCCUACCCUAUCUUCUUGAACGAGCAGCUGGCUCAAGCUCACUACAACGGAUUCUCUAAUUCAGUGUUAUGGCCCCUGCUGCAUCGAAUGCCUGAAAAGGUACGUGCAGAAGAAAGCUGGCCAAUGGCGUAUCGAGAGGUCAAUGAGAUAUUCGCAGACAACAUUGUGCCUAUGGUCGAGGAUGACGAUCUCAUCUGGGUUCACGAUUAUCACCUGCUUCUUCUCCCAGGUAUACUGCGUGAACGCCUGGCCAAAAAGAAGAAUGUCAAGAUAGGUUCCUUCUUGCACACGCCGUUCCCUACAGACGACUUCUUCACUAUCUUACCCCUCCGUGAGGAGAUUUGUCGCAGCUUCUUGUUAUGUGACGUGGUUGGUUUUCAUACACAGGAGUACGCUCAAGAUUUCCUGGACAGUGCUUCAAUUGUCCUCGAUGGUGUCUCAAGAUCCCCAUCCGACUUGCACUGGGGCGGUAGAAAAGUGAUUGUCCAUGGCUUUCCCAUUGGAAUAGAGCCCGAGGACUUCCGGCAGCGCAUGGAGAGCGAAUGCGUCAAACGAGAGCUUGCGAAUUUAAAAGACAGCUUCAAGGGACAGAAGAUCAUUCUUGGAGUCGACCGUUUGGACUACAUCAAGGGGAUAACACAAAAAUUGAUGGCCUUUGAUAGGUUUUUGACCGAACGUCCAGAUUGGGUGGACAAAGUAUGCCUGAUCCAGCUGGCCAUUCCGACUCGCGCGGAAGUGGACACCUAUAAGAAAUUGCGAGAGGAGGUCGAAGCUCUCGUAGGUCACGUCAAUGGAAAGCACGGAACAUUUUCAAGCACGCCAAUCCACUAUUUUUAUCGCUCUAUUAAACCAGAGCAACUCUGUUCCUUGUAUGCUGCUGCCGACGUAUGCAUCAUUUCCUCGAUCCGAGACGGCCUCAACAUGGUGAGCUAUGAAUAUGUCGCCUGUCAAAACCAGGACACGGCCGGAGUUCUACUGAUGUCCUACUACGCCGGUGCUGUGAAGACACUUCCGUCCACAGUGGUAGUUAAUCCAUGGGACAUUCCACGGUUCUCGAAUACUAUUGAGGAUGCUCUAGAGAUGAGCGCAGAAGAACGAAGGAGACGUUAUAGGCAGAAUGUAGAUAUUGUGGAUCGAUGCACCAGUGUUCGUUGGGGCACCAUGUUCCUCAAUACCCUGUACAAGGGCCGCGUCCCCGAGCCAGAGGAGCUACCGGAUGCAACUGAGCAGAUCAAGGAAACGGACAACCGCACCAUAAGGACUGCCCAUAUAUUACAGGAGAGAUCCCGGAGUCGGGAAGCUUCUCAAUCAUCGACUGUGGCAUCGGAUUCCGGACUUUCUGCAGUCUAA